UUAGGGCCAAGAUAAACCCUAUAUCGACCGAGUCCGCCGCAGAACAGCGAAAAAAGCAGAAUCCCCAUUCUUCGUCAAGAUCCAAGCACAACCAUGGCUGACGAGGAAAAUCAAAACGAAGUUAAGGAGGUUAAGGAAGAGGCAGGGGAUAUUGCUCCUUUUGACCCUACAAAGAAGAAGAAGAAGAAGAAGGUCGUGAUUCAAGAUCCUGCAGAAGAAGAGUCUGUUGAUAAUCUGGCUGAGAAAACUGAGAGCCUGUCUGUUUCUGAUGGCCUUGAAACUUCAUUUGCUGGUCUGAAAAAGAAGAAGAAGAAACCGGUUCAUACCGAUCUUCUAAGUGAUGAGAAAGAGAAUUUAGGAGAUGAUUUGGAUGAUAUUGGAGAGGAUGAAGAGGGAGAGGGGAUUGUUCUUCAACAAUAUCCAUGGGAUGGAAGUGAUAGGGAUUAUGAGUAUGAGGAAGUAAGUUUAUUUUUCUAAUUUGUAUACUCAGGUCAAGGUGCUUUGUGAAAAUUUUAGGCUUUGCUUAGUGCAACCAUUUUGCUGCAAAUGCGUACUGUAACAUGUUAUGCUGGAGCUUAGUCUUCUGUUUGAUCUUUUAGUCGAAAUUAGCUUUGGAAAUCUUUCGUUUUGACGGGUCAUUCUUAAUAAUGCGUGUAGCAAUUUAGGAUGAUGUUUAGUGGGUGAACUUUUUUUCCUUUGGUUGCUUGCACAUGCAUGUUGCAGCGAGUUUCUUUCAUGAUGCCGUUGAAUUCCAGAAUAAAAGUGAAAUUGUAGGAGGAAUAUGUACCAUUCAAUAUUGCAUUAAUGCACUGCUGAUUCUGCUGUAUGGUUUGUGACGUAUUGUAAUGGAAUUCUCUGAGGUCAUCACU